GCGGACGGCCAAUCCUCAAGACGGCUCAACCUCGUCGGCGGUUAUCGAGUCCUCACGCCAACGAGACCGGAGCACCCGCGUCUGAACGGCAAAACCGGUGGCUUGAUCGUAGGUGCAAACAGCAGCCUCUCAUCCCUGCCGCAAACGACGCGCAUUCACGUCUCAGCAGACUGCUGCUCUGGAGAAUCUGCUCAUCGUUUGCGAGGUUGUCUCGUGCUCCACAAACGUGCUCCACAAAGCAAAGUGAGAUCUGGGCCCCGCUGAGCGAGGAUCAGCGUCCUUGCAAGUACUCUGGAGUGCAGCCAGAAUGGGUUCGCGGUGCUGAAAACGUUGCCUCAUGAUCACUCUCGUGCUCUCUUGGCCAAAGAUUGUGGUAUCGUCAUCACAAAUCAAACUUGGCGCAUCGUUGAGCAGGAGGAAGGCGACGGCUGGGUGCGUAUGACGGUCGAGCUGCCGCAGCCGCUCUGCCAAGGUGAGGAGCUCUCUCGACGCAUCGUGCUCUACAGCGUGCACAUGCAGCCGUAUCGACGAGCCUUGUGGGAGGAGGACUUGGGGUGCUUCUCGCGGUACUUCGCGUCGGCAACACAGGCGGCCACUCGCGUGGUAAUCGGGGCAGACUGGAACUCUUGGCCCAGCAACGACCUCGACAACACCGGUGGAUACCCGCCCUCGCCCGCGUGGUCUAAGAUGAAACUAACCCUUGACGAGUUGGACCUCGUCGAUGCCUAUCGGAUCAUGCGUCCGCUGGGCAAGGAGUACACGCGCGUCGUCGAGGUAGAUGGGGAGGAGAUCAUCAAUGGGCGCAGGAUCAACAGCAUCUGGGUGCCGCGAGAGGCAGCAAGUGGACUCACAGAGCAUCGCAUCGUGCAGUCCGACAAGUCCGACCAUUGCCUCUUCCUGAUCACCUUCGGUCACGACUUGCCCGCUCUCGACGAGGAUUGCUGGCCGGAUGCUGCCCCUUGGAUGCUCGAGGUCGGCACUGAGUCUUCUUCCCCCUUCAAAGAGGCGAUUUUGCACUGCUGCAGCACGGGCCUCAUUUCACCAGUGCCCGACCUCUCGCAGUGGGCAAUCAUAAAGGAGGAGCUCAGGUCCGUCUUGACCAUGCGCGCCAUGAGCUGGAGGCAGAUCAAGGCGACCAGCCGCAGCCGCCUGCGCCGCUCGUGCCUGCGCUGGAGUCGGCGCCUGGUCAAUGGGUCACGACGAGGAGCGAGCAGCUGCGCUUCAUCUUUGACUCCCUGGCCCUCCGCCUGUCGCUUUGGCCGCUGAUCCCCGACGACGCUAUCGAGCUCCUCGCCAUGCUCGACACCUCCUUGGCGGCCUCGAGCCAGCUGUACAGCCUCUCGCGCCCCUUCA